ACUCGGAUUUCGGGGCCGGCAGCUGGGGAAGAGGGUGGAGUCGUGACACGCCUCUUGGCCCUCCGCGACCACUGAUUGGCUGGAGGUUCUAGCGUUCGAGUUUGGAAGGCUCACCCUUCGGAGCGCUCACCGAAGCUCGGCCAACGAUUGGCUACUCCGGGGCAGCGGGGCGCGUUCUCCGGGGAGCGGCGGCGGAGACCGAGGUGGCCUCUGCCUCAGGCAUCUGGUAGCUACGUAGGUCCGCUGCCCGGAGAUCGUGCGUGCGAGCGGAUGGGCGGGCCGUCAGAGCCGGGUUGCCGCCGACGCCCGAACGGCAGAUCCACUUGGGACCGGUCGUUCUUGCAGAGCAGCCACGGCUGAGGCCCCGAGGCCGAUUCCUGCUGGGCUUGUCUCGGUGUGACCUCGGCCCGAACAACCCGCCCCGGCUCCUGUCCUGCGCCCGGUCCCGGUGAUCACUUAGGCUGCAGGAAGCGGGAGCCGCUCUAGGCCGUGGCAGGCGCCAGGGUGCGAGCAUCCGGGCUGCGCGCUCCAUCUGGUCUCCAAGUCUGGGAGUGCUGUCAGUCAGCGUGAGCACCUAGAAUGGGCACCCCAGCCUCAGUGGUGAGUGAGCCGCCCCCCUGGCAACCCCCAACUGAAGGCCGGGGCCGAAAGCAGGCCUCAGCCAACAUCUUCCAGGGCACUGAGCUGCUGCAGAUCCAGGGCCUGUUUCAGCGCUGUGGGGACCAGCUGGCCGAGGAACGGGCACAGAUCAUCUGGGAGUGUGCGGGGGACCACCGGGUAGCAGAAGCCUUGAGGAGGCUGCGCAGGAAGAGGCCCCCGAGGCAGAAGCCCCUGGGCCAUUCACUCCACCACUGCAGCCGGCUCAAGUCCCCAGAGCCCCAUACUCCAGUGACUGACCCACAGAGCAGUGCUGUGGAAAUGGCUUCUGAUGAUCAGUACCUGAAUUCCAGGAGAACAAGUGCCAGGAUACGCCAGGACUGGAGGAAGCCUGACCCCACAAGCUACCUCCAUCAGAUCAGACAUUGAUCUGAGAAUGGGGCUGACAAUGGCAGUGUCUUCCCCAGAGAUCAUAAGGACUCCAAAGAAAACCUAGGGAGGCAAAGAUGGAAGAGACUCCCCAUGUGGGUAAAUCAGAGAUUACUGCCACAAACCUGUUCAAUUCAGAACAGGUCUGAAGCUUCCACUGAGUUCUGUUAUGUAGAACUCAAUUUUUACCAGAAUGAGAAGUAGUGGCCAUCCCUGCCUUGGUCCAUCCCAACCUAACACUAUAGCCGGGCUGCACAGCAUUCCACUGGAGACUCGAGUGAUGCACACUCAGGCUGACACAUCUCCACUCCUGACAGAGCCUUCCUGCUACUACUUCCUGCUACUACCCUGGUCCAGCAGCCAGCCCCCACGUCUGUCCCUGUCAGGCCAGCUCAAGGAAACAGGUUUAUGUAGCAAAAUAAAAACAUUUACAUGCAGAA